AUGAGAAGAGCCGGCGAGUUAGACGGUACCAGAUACUCACCAGAUCAACAUCAACAAGUAUUAGUCGUACAUCAAAUACCGCAGAGUGGCGGCGUUAUUUGUGAUAUCAUGGCAGCGGCUACCAGCGUUGUCGUACUCGAUCGAGGCAACAAUACCACCUGCACGAUUAAUUUACACGGAGCCACAGUAGUUUCUUGGAGGGUUAACAAUCAAGAACAGCUGUUUGUUAGUAAGCAAGCGGUGUUCGACGGGAAGAAGGCCAUUAGAGGUGGAAUUCCAUUUGUCUUUCCUCAAUUUGGAGCGUGGUCAUUUGGGCCAGGACAUGGAUUUGCCAGGAUCAUACGUUGGAAUGUGGAAAAAUCACCUGAAAGAUUGCCGAGCGGUGAUGUAGAAGCGAUAUUUUCAAUAAUGGACAACGAAUUCACUCGUUCUAUGUGGAACUAUCCAUUUCGAUUAACUUACAGGCUAAUUUUACGUGAAAAAGAGCUUCAUUUCAACAUUGGUGUUUACAAUCCUAGUAAAGAGCACACUUUCAGUUUCAAUUUACUUUUGCACACAUACUUUAAGGUUCCUGAUGUCAGAAGGUGUCAAAUUACUGGUCUUCACGGGUGUACUUUCAUCGACAAGACGAGGGAUAAUCAAAUUUUUCAAGAGGGUCUGGACGUUGUUACCGUGCGCGAAUGGACUGACAGAAUUUAUCAAAACACUCAACCCGAGCAUAUAAUAACAAAUGUUGUGUCAGGGCGAAAAAUGCGCGUUCAAAAGUACAACUUUCCCGAUACAGUUAUUUGGAAUCCGUGGCAAGAAAAAGCACGAGACAUUCCAGAUUUUGGCGACGACGAAUUUCCUAAUAUGAUUUGCGUUGAAAGUGGACAUGUCAGUAGCCCAGUUAUACUGUUGCCAGGAACUGCUUUUGAGGCUAGUCAAAUCCUUCAGGGUGGAGUAUCAUCGAGCCAAGUGCCGUCAAAUAAUGUCGUGACAUCGGAUCACUUUCUUCCUGCAUCGGGUACUUUAUCACCAGCGCGUCCACGCGCAACUGUUGGCUGGCCGGCCAGUCCACCGAAUUGGCUCUAUGUACAAUCUCCAAUGCAGACACCCACGACACCUAAUCAUCAUCAUCACCAUCACCACCACCAUCACCAUCCGUCGCAUCAUUAUGCUAAUUGUAUAACACAGUCCUGUUCAAUUUGUUCUCUCAAUCUGUAG